GAAGCGAAAUGACAUUUCCUCUUUAAACAGCUCGGAGCCGGGGAGCCGUCGAGAAAUGGCUGCGUCGGGUGACUUAUCUAAGUUUUCACAAGCACUGAAUGGGAUUCCUUCCUCAAACGUGAUCUGCGGUACAAUGGAUCCCUUCCAUGCUUGCAGUAUUCUUCAACAACUUAAAGUACAGUAUGAUGAAGGACAGUUGACAGAUAUCAUAGUAGAAGUGGAUCAUGGAAAAACAUUUUCUUGUCAUAGAAAUGUGCUUGCUGCAAUCAGUCCUUAUUUCAGAUCUAUGUUCACUAGCGGCCUUACGGAGAGCACACAGAAACAAGUACGAAUAGUUGGUGUUGAAGCAGAGUCAAUGAAUUUAGUGUUGAACUACGCAUAUACCUCCAGAGUUAUGCUGACAGAGGCCAAUGUCCAAGCUCUUUUCACUGCAGCAAAUAUUUUCCAGAUCCCCUCCAUUCAGGAUCAGUGUGCUAAAUAUAUGAUCAGUCACUUGGACCCACAAAACUCUAUUGGAGUUUUCAUUUUUGCUGAUCAUUAUGGCCAUCAGGAACUCAAAGAGAGAUCACAAGACUACAUACGUAAAAAGUUUGUGUGUGUCACCAAAGAACAGGAGUUUCUUCACUUGAGAAAAGACCAACUUAUCAGUAUACUAGACAGUGAUGACUUAAAUGUUGACAAAGAAGAGCAUGUUUAUGACAGCAUUAUCAGGUGGUUUGAACAUGAGCAAAAUAGAAGAGAAGUGCACCUUGCAGAAGUAUUUGCCAAAUGCAUUCGUAUGCCUCUGUUGGAAGAGACCUUUAUAGAGAAAAUCCCUCCCAUGUUUGCACAGGUUCUAGCCAAAAGCUCUGAACCAAAAGGACAGUAUAGUGCCAAUGGCUAUACACAAAGGCUUGGAAUGACUGCUUCUGAAAUGAUCAUAUGCUUUGAUGCUGCCCACAAACACUCAGGAAAGAAGCAAACAGUGCCUUGUCUAGAUGCAGUCAGAGGGAGAGUUUUUAAACUAUGCAAACCACCAAAUGACUUGAGGGAAGUUGGAAUUCUCGUGUCACCCGAUAAUGACAUUUACAUUGCAGGGGGUUACAGGCCAAGCAGCAGUGAAGUCUCCAUAGACCACAGGGCAGAGAGUGACUUCUGGAUGUAUGAUCAUUCUGGCAAUAGAUGGCUACCCAAGGCCCCCUUGUUGCGAGCCAGAAUAGGCUGCAAACUGGUGCAUUGCUGUGGUAAACUCUAUGCAAUAGGCGGCCGGGUUUAUGAAGGAGAUGGGAGGAACCCACUAAAAUCUGUGGAGUGUUAUGAUAGCAGAGAUAACUGUUGGACCGCCGUCAGCCCGAUGCCUGUAGCAAUGGAGUUUCAUAAUGCUGUGGAAUAUAAAGAGAACAUCUAUGUUUUACAGGGAGAAUUUUUCCUCUUCUUUGAUCCUCAAAAGAACUACUGGGGUUUUUUAACCCCUAUGACGGUGCCUAGAAUCCAGGGCUUAGCAGCUGUGUACAAUAAUUCCAUCUACUACAUAGCUGGAACCUGUGGAAAUCAUCAGCGUGUGUUUACCGUAGAGGCCUAUGAUAUUGAGCUAAAUAAAUGGACCCGCAAGAAAGAUUUUCCAUGUGAUCAGUCCAUAAGCCCAUACAUUAAACUUGUACUCCUCGAUAAUAAGCUCCAUUUAUUUGUUAGAGCUACUCAAGUGACCGUUGAAGAACAUAUCUUCAGAACCAGCAGAAAGAAUUCGCUUUACCAAUAUGAUGAGAUUGCAGACGAGUGGAACAAAGUAUAUGAAACUCCAGAUCGGCUCUGGGAUCUUGGCCGACAUUUUGAAUGUGCUGUUGCUAAACUGUAUCCACAGUGUCUCCAGAAAGUUCUCUAAUUGGUAACGCCUUAGGUAUUUCUGUGCUAUCUGAUAUUUGAGGAGACAUGUCUUAGGAUAAAACAAAGAAAAUCUGUCAGUAUUUAGUGUAAGCUGAAAGACAGUUUUGUACAUGGGGUUGGGUGCUCUUAAAGGUUGCAGUGUGGGGAGGGAUUACUGAUUUAAUUUCAUAUUUGUGAUGCUUUAAGUUCUGAGAGGGGAAGGUUACAAAGUGCAAUUAUCAGCAUUUUUCUGAUAUUAAAUUCAUGUCAUUCUAGAAGAUUUCUGUGAUUGAAACAACUAAGACUUUAGAAGAACCAAGACAACUAUGCACUACAACAAAAGAAAAUCUAGCAUUACUGGGUAUGAACAUCCAAACUAGUUCCAAGUGACUUUUUUCUUUUUAUUACGGGUAAAAUUUGAGGCAAUAUCACUAGGUUUUUACUUUAGCUGUGACCUAACCAAUAUAGAAGAACACUACAGUAGGUUCUGAUUCUUAAUAUUUAUACCUUUUUGUGUAUGCUGUUUUGAAGUGUACUAAGAUGUUUGUCAUAUAUUUUCAUCCAUUCCAGGUGGUUGUUGAUAAACAUCAAACUUAUGAAGAAGAGCUUUUUUGAUUACCUUUCACAUUGCCUAUCUGUGGGCUUUAAGUUGACCUAAUGGUACAAACUUGCUAUCUUUCUGGUAACUGAAGUGUUUUUCCAAGUGCUGAUACUUGUCUCUCUUUUUACUUUUUUCUUUUUUUAAAUCCCAUGAAGGGCUUAAAUCCAAAGGUUGAUUGGUGCUAGUACACUCUAUUUUUUCCAAAAGUACACUGUAAUACGUGGGGGGCAAGAAUAGCCUUAAAUUGGCUAAUUCCACAUUCACAUUUAAAGGUAGCCUGCUAGUUUGAUGUACUUAUUGCAGGAUCCACUCACGGGAACACUUUGGAACUCCAGUGAGUUCUGCAUUUAAAAUAAUAGCAAAAAUGGCCAUUUUAAUUAAAUAUAUUGGCUAUUGAGUGCUUUCUACUCUUACACAUAUGGUUGGUCUUCUAACCAUUUAGUGUGGACAAACAAUUGGCCUUUCCUCAGUCUAUCGUCAUCUUUGUUUCUAGACCCUUCUCGUCCCUUUGACUCAAAAUCCCUUUAUGGGCGUAUUACUGUUCUGCACAGAAGAAAAAUGUGAAUUUCUGCCCGACUAAACUUCUUUUUUGAUCCACUUUGCAAAUCAUGAGAAUUCACCCAAUUCUCUGAUUUAGUGAUUUUUAGAUGGAUCCUAGUAAAUUUUUACUUUUAAUUAUUUCUGUGCAUUUAUCUUAAUUUAAGUCAUUUGAUUCUAAGGUUAUUCUGUUCAUCAACUUGAUUGAAAAGGGGAAAUAUGUUAGGAGAAAACCCUAGGGCCAUUAGCUAUAACGAGUCUAUUCACAGAAAUACUUUUUAGGUUUAGACAUAAAGAAUCAAUCAGUAGGAGUUGUUUAUUUGGCCGAUGGAUUUUUAACACUCUUCUAAGCACAUUAAAGUAAAAACAGUGAAUAUCGUGAUCACAUAGAUGAUCACUAUCAAUCAAAAUAUUUUUAUCAGUAAUGUUUCUAUUGCCUGUAAAGAGCAUUUACGUGUGUUACAAAAUCCAAUCUUACAAAACAACUGAUUCUUUUCCCUCUUUAAUGAAAGCAAAAUGCUCUGGGUUGUAUAUUAAAUUUUGCACAAAUUGAUUGUAACAUGAUACUGUGAAAAACAACAAAAAAGGAAAAAAAAAAUACACUGCCUCUUUGCAUCACAUACCUCGUUUUACAGAAACUUUCCAUACUGCUUUUUGGAGAUGUGGUUGUUUGGAAACUUUCUGAAGCAGAAUUUUAAAGUGGAUAGCAUUUGGAGUUUCAUUUUAAAAUGCGGUUUCAGAAAGCUGGGUGUGUGACAUCUUUGCAUUGGUUAAAAUGCUUUGGCUAAUCAUAAACCUUUUUCUGAAAGUACAUGUCAGCCAAUGUAAUUUUUCAUGUAUUUUUCUUUUCAAGUUUUCCUUGGUCAUAUAUUCAUGUGGUUAUAGGACUAGCUGCAAGCUUUCUGAAGCACCCUUCCCUACAGUGUUGCAUUUGUGUGUAAAGUCUGUUUUGCAAAAAUGUUAAUGUAAUUUGUUUCAAAUGCUUGGUUGGAUAUUUACAAGUUUUCUUGCUGCUUUUUGACAAUCUUCUGUAUUUAUUUAGGAUGAAAUUUCAGCAUUUUACUUGAAAACAUGGUAUAAAAUGUUGUUAGCAAUUGACUUUCCAGAUGUUUUAGAAGUAUAGAAGAUUAUGAUUUAAUUCUACAGUAGAAUUGUUUUUGUUGAUCUGCACUAAAGUACAAAUUUUUGUAUCUUUAACCAUUCAUACAGAGGGUAUGAUCCAAGACAGUAGUGUGUUCAAAAAGCUAAAGCCUGAAACUUGCCAUGGAUAUGAAAUAUGUUGAAUCAUAUACAAACAAUAAUCUAAGGAAUAAUAUAGCUGAGACAUUUUGCCACUUUUAAAUGCUUCAAAAAGGAGCCCUAGAAAAAGAUUGUUGGGGAAAGUUUUGCUUUGUAGUUUGUCUUUUUUUUUUUUUCUUGAAGCAUAUUUGUUUAGUGGAAGAGAAAAUUGAUAAAAAGCUCCAAGGUACUAUAGGAUGAAAAAACAGGACUAACACCCACAAGUGUGGUAUUUUCUCUUCUCAGCUUAAUUUUGCCUGUUCAUUUUAAUUAACACUCCCCCUCAAGAGUUUGUAUGACCUUUCCUUGUUUGUUCUUCCCAUGAGGAGAAUUAGACUUGCUGAAAAUUACCUUAUAAGAAACUGAAAUUGUAACUUUUAUUUUCCAUCCUUACUGUAUCUGUUCUGUAAAGUUGCCAUUGAGUCACUCAAACGUAUUUCAGUGAUAUAUCAGACCAACAAGGCUGAGACUUAAAAUCUUAACCUCAAGCAGAUUAAAAACGGCAUACAAUGUUCAGUGCUCAGGUAUGUAGUAAGAAGUACUGUAGUCCUAUGGGGGCAAACGUGUGGAUUUUAAAAGCAUUUGCCAUACUUGCACAAUUUUGCAUUACCAUGUGAUGUCAUACAUUUCUUAUAAUAAAACCUAUUCUUGUUGAAAUAUG